AUGGCAGACAACGAUGCAUUAAUCACUCAGUUUAUGGAUGUAACUGGAGUUCAACGAGAUAGAGCUGAAUUCUUUCUACAAGCAGCAAAUUUCCAGCUUGAUGUCGCAUUAUCUAGUUUUUAUGAGGAAUCAGUUGAUGCACCGCCUGCUGUAGCUUCAGAUAGUUCAGAUGAUGAGGUGUUAUCUGGCGUAAAAGAGACAGCAGAUAAUAAGAAAAGAAGUUAUGGAAAUCAAAAUUUUGCAACAAUGUCGUCUGUAAGAGAACCGGAAAAAGAGGGAGAGGAAAGAGGACAAGCAUUUUAUGCUGGAGGAUCUGAACAUUCUGGAUUACAAGUUUUAGGGCCACCAAAAAAGAAGAAUCCUAUCAAAGAUAUGGUCUCGGAAGUCUUUAGACAGGCACAAUCAGGAAAUUUGGAGCAAUUUGAAUCAAGUCAUGAUGGUGAUUUACCUUCAUUCCGUUCAUUUACUGGAACUGGAUAUCGAUUAGGUCAAUCAGAAGAUGAUUCCGUUGCAGUUGCGUCUGGUUCUAAAGGUAAAAAUAAGCAACAAGAAGAAACUGUGACUGUGAAAGUUUAUAGGCAAGGAUUUACAGUUGAUGAUGGCGAAUUAAGAUCAUAUGAGGAUCCAAAUAAUCGAGAAUUUUUCGAGAGUAUUACACGAAAUGAGAUUCCAGCAGAAUUGAGAAAACAAGGCAAAGCAAUGGUUCAUGUAAAUGUUGAAAAUCAUUUGAGUGAUGAUUUUGUCAAGAAUACACCAAAGUUUAAGGCUUUUACUGGUUCAGGACAUACUUUGGGAUCUCCAGCACCAGCUACGGUGGAAGAAAUUACAACGACUGCUCUUAGCACUGAUCCAAAGGCUAAAAAUGCUGAAAAUGAAGCUAAAGCUUCCUCGAAUCUUAAUGUUAAUCAAGAUCAACCAACAACAAUGUUAUCAAUAAGACUCACUGAUGGAAGUCGUUUAUCUGCUCGAUUUAAUUUAUCUCACACUAUUCAGGAUAUUCGUAAUUUCAUCGUUGCUUCUCGUCCUGAAUAUACUGGCAGGAACUACAUAUUGCUUACAACCUUCCCAAAUAAAGAAUUAACAAAUCCUGAUGAUACAAUUCAACAAGCUGGCCUCCAAAAUGCAGCAAUUCUUCAACGAUUAAAGUAA